AUGACCGUAAUGGGGCGGUGGCACGUGGUGCUGUUAGCGCUGGCGCUGAUUACCAGCGCGGGCGCUGGCGCCGCCGCCGAGCAAAUGCAAUCUCGUGCAGUUGACACCGGUGUAGAUCUACGUGUGCCUGAAGCUCAGCCCAUAGGAACAGUUGUAGGAAGAAUACCUAUAAAACCUGGUUUUACAUAUCGCUUUAAUGAAUCUCCGAAAGAAUUUGCUCUCGAUCCAUUGUCAGGUGAAAUUAAAACAAAUACUAUUCUAGAUAGAGAAAGUGUAGAUCGCUACGCAUUUGUUGUCUUAUCUAGCCAGCCUACAUACCCUAUCGAAGUGCGGAUAAGAGUGACGGAUGUAAAUGAUAAUUUACCAGAAUUCCCUGAACCCAGUAUAGCAGUCGCUUUUUCUGAAAGCGCUUCUCCAGGAACUAAACUUCUUUUGGAUGCAGCUACUGAUAAAGAUUUAGGUGAAAAUGGAAUCACUAAUGAUUAUAGAAUCAUUGAUGGAGAUAAUGAAGGAAAGUUUCGUCUAAACGUAACUGUAAAUCCUAGUGGUCAGACUUCUUAUCUUCACUUAGAAACUACAGGGAAACUUGAUAGAGAAACAAACGAUUUUUAUGUACUGAAUAUUUCUGCUCGUGAUGGUGGAUCUCCUCCAAAAUAUGGUUAUUUACAAGUAAAUGUGUCAAUUUUAGAUGUAAAUGAUAACCCGCCUAUUUUUGAUCAAAGUGAUUUUUCUGUCUCAUUGAAUGAAAGUGUACCACCUGGCACUACAGUACUUAAAGUAACUGCAACUGACAGUGAUCUUGGGGAUAAUAGUAAAAUUACUUAUGAAGUAACUGACACAGAAAAACAAUUUGCGGUUGAUCCUGAAUCAGGAGUAAUUACAACAACAAAAAAACUUAGUUGCCCUCAGUAUUGCAGUAAUACAACCUGUAAUAUGACUUGUGUACUGACUGUAAUUGCAAAAGACCACGGUGUACCUCGUCAAGACGCCCGAUCGUAUGUCACUGUUAAUCUUAUAGAUGCAAAUGACCACGAUCCAGUGAUAACAUUCACUUACGUACCUUCGACUGCUAAUUUCGCCACAGUCGAUGAGAAUGCAAAAAAUGGAUCUCUGGUUGCAGCAAUUACAGUAACAGAUGCGGAUGCAGGAUUAAAUGGUAUCACAAGCAUACGUAUAAUAUCAGGGAAUGAACUUAAUCACUUUCGUCUAGAAAAUUCCAGUAGUGUCUAUAUUGUACAUGUUAAUGGUAUAUUAGAUAGAGAAGAGAUAAGUAAAUAUAAUUUGACUGUAGUAGCGACUGAUAAAGGAAUUCCUCCUAGAACAGCUACUGCUUUUUUGGUUAUACAUGUAAAUGACGUGAAUGAUCAUGAACCUGUUUUCGAAAAAUCUGAAUAUACGACUAUUUUAAGUGAACUUGCACCGCCUGGAACAUACGUUGCCGGUAUAACGGCAACUGAUGAAGAUACUGGUGUAAAUGCUGAAAUUUAUUAUGACUUUUAUGACGGAAACCAACAACAGUGGUUCUUUAUAGAUCAUCUAACUGGGUUAGUGACCACUAAAUCUUUGUUGGAUCGUGAGAUACAAGGAUCAGUUGAAUUAAAUAUAUCCGCACGAGAUGGAGGUCCGAAUCCCAAGUGGGCUUAUACUAGACUGAAAGUAACUAUUCUUGACGAAAAUGACGAAGCUCCUACAUUUCCUCAAACACAAAUAAAUGCGUCGUUAGCUGAAAAUAUUAUACCAGUCAAAGAAAUAUUGAUCCUUACAGCUUCUGAUUAUGAUCAAGGGACCAAUGGAUCUGUGUCCUAUUAUUUACCUCCAAGUAUUGAAAGAAAAUAUCCUAAGACAUUUGUACUUGAUCACAUAACUGGUCAGUUAAGUGCAAUUGUGGAACUGGAUAGAGAAAAAAUAUCAACGUACGAAAUUCAAGUUAUUGCUAAAGAUCAAGGCUUUCCGCCACAGUCUUCAACAGCUACAGUGUUGUUACAAGUUCUUGAUGUUAACGAUAAUGAUCCUUAUUUUUAUCCACUAAGAUACGUUACAGAUAUAUCAGGAGAUCUACCUCUAGGAUCAACUGUUAUUCAAGUGAAAGCCUUUGAUGAAGAUGAUGGGGAUAACGCAAAAAUAAUUUAUUCAAUAGAAAGUGGAGGUGAUGGUUAUUUUGAUAUUGAACCCUCGUCUGGUAAUGUAAUCCUACAAAAAGAUUUUAGUAAAGCCUCGAAGGCAAUUUAUUUAUUGAAAGUUUCUUGUAAAGAUAAAGGUAAUAGAAGGGCUGCUGAAGAUGCUAUUGUAGAAAUUAUAAGGAAGUCGCAGCGAAAAAAUUUGGACUUUGACAAAUAUGGGGGCUAUAAUUUUAAAAUUGUGGAAAGUGAAGGAACUUCAAAGCAUAAGAUUAAUCGUUUUGUUGGACGUGUCAGUGUAAGAAAAACGAGUGAUGAAAUUUUUUACUAUAUUAUCGAAGGCGACCAAAAACGAGUAUUUAAGAUAAAUGAAAACACUGGGACUAUAAGUGCAGAGUCUACAGUUGACCGAGAAGAGAAAGUAACAUAUCACCUCAAGGUUAUGGCUAAAAGUGGGCUUGCAUAUGGAUUUACAACUGUUAAUAUAUCUGUUUUAGAUAUAAACGAUAAUUAUCCUACUUUUAUUGAAGGCAAAGACGAAAUACACAUUGCUGAAAAUAUUGCUGUGGGACAAGAGGUUUAUUUUGCUCGAGCUAUAGACCGAGAUUCGGGUUCCAAUAGAACUAUAUCUUAUGCUUUGAGCUAUAAUUCAGAUAACAGUUUUCGAAUAUCUGAAACUACAGGAGUGAUUUAUUUGAAUAAAGCUAUUACAAAUGAACCUGGAUCUACCUUAUCUAUAGAAGUGACUGCCACGGAUCAUGGAAAACCUGCACUUGCUACUAAAUAUAACGUUAUAGCAAUAAUAGAUGAUGUAAAUGACCAUACUCCAGUGUUUGACCAUACAUCUUACGAAACAUCUUUAUUGGAAUCUACACUCGUUAACACAAGGUUUUUUGCUAUUUCAGCAUCCGAUGCAGACUUAGGUCCAAAUGGUCAAAUAUCUUAUAUUAUCACAGAAGGAAACACAGAUGGAAAAUUUGGAAUAUUUCCAGACGGUUAUCUUUACGUAAAAAGUCUUCUGGAUAGAGAAGAGAAAGAUUACUACUCACUUACUAUUAUUGCUCGUGAUAAUGGUGCUCCACCCCGAUCAUCACAAGUACCAGUAGUGGUUCAUGUUUUAGAUGAGAAUGAUAAUAGUCCACAAUUUACAAACACAACAUUUGUAUUUAAGAUAAAAGAAAAUGAGCCACCUGAUACUUUUGUUGGAAAGUUAACAGCCAUUGACAAAGAUAUAGGACGUAAUGCUGAGUUAACAUUUAGCUUACCUAUUGCUCAAAAUGACUUUAGAAUAGAUUCAAGAAAUGGAUUCAUAAAAACUCUUAGAUCUUUUGAUCGAGAAAGCCUAUCACAAGUUACAGGUCAGAACUAUAUAACAUUAACUGUGACCGUAAGUGACAAUGGAAAAAUUAAACUUUCUGAUUCAGUACGAGUGACAAUUUAUAUAACUGACGUGAAUGAUAACGCACCUACUUUCACGCAUACUCCAUAUGCUGUAGAAAUAUCAGAAGGAGCUAGCGUUGGGGCAUCGGUUACAAGAAUAUAUUCAACUGAUGCUGACGAAGGACUUAACGGUGAUAUUUACUAUAAACUUAUAGGUGGUGAUGAUUUGAAAAAGUUUAUGCUUGAUGAAGCUACAGGGCAGUUAUUUAUUAACAAGCCACUGGAUCGUGAAACCUUGGAUCAUUACAAGCUUUUAGUAAUGGCCCACGAUUCUGGCCAAACUGUUCGUCUUUCAGCCACUACGACAGUUACCGUCAACGUUUUAGAUGAAAAUGACAAUGUACCAGUAUUUAGUCAAACAGAUUUAAAAGUGUCCGUAUUAGAAACAGAACCAAUAAAUAAGAAAAUAAUACAAUUUCAUGCUAACGAUGCAGAUUUAGGAAUUAACAACGAAUUGCAAUAUUCUAUAUCAUCUGGAAAUAGAAAGGAAACAUUCUUUAUAGAUAGUUACUCUGGAGAGUUGUUUUUACACAAACAUUUAGAUUAUGAAGAUUUGACAAUGUAUAUUUUAAAUAUCACAGUAAUGGAUAAUGGAAGCCCAAGUUUAUCAUCAAGUAUAUCAUUUACUGUUAAUGUAAUUGACGCCAAUGAUAACGCACCAGUUUUUACCAACACUGCAAUUGUCCGACAGAUAAGAGAAGGUAUCCCUAAACAUACUCCUAUAGUAACAGUUACAGCUGAAGACCCUGACUCUGGACUAAAUGGAAAAGUAUGGUAUUCUAUUAUUCAUCAAGAACCCAAUAAUGGGAAUCGGCAUUUUGCUAUAAACAAUGUUACUGGAGUUAUACAUACGUUAUUGCCUAUCGAUAGAGAAAGUGUUGAUACAUUUAGAAUAACAGUUGCAGCAUACGAUAGGGCGGAGCCGCAAUCUGCAAGACUUUCCGCUGAAAAAUUGGUGACAGUUAUAGUCGAGGAUAUAAAUGACAAUGCGCCUGUCUUUGUGUCUAUGAAUGCUGCCUUUGUUAAUUCAGAAAGAUUAGGGAGAAGUGCUGGACGAGGUAUAUUUAUUAUGAAUGUCCUUGCUAGAGAUCUAGAUUCUGGUACAAAUGGCCUAGUCACAUAUAAACUUAUCCAUGGUGGAAACGAUAUGUUCGACCUGCACAGAAGUAAUGGUGCUUUGAGUCUUCGUUAUCCACCUGCAUCACCGGAAGCCCGAUGGAAUCUUGUUAUAAAAGCUACAGAUGAGGCGGUUUUGAGUGAGCAAAGAAGUACAGAGACUUAUCUAACACUCAUUAUGGGUGGGACUGAGCUGCAAGGUAUAACGUGGACAAACGCGGUUUCCGUUUCUGUCGCGGAAAAUGAACCGGGUGGAACUGCUGUUCUUAAUAUGACAAACAAUUAUAAAUCGGGACUAGAAUAUUACAUAGUGAACGUUACGGGUGACGGCAGACAAGUAGACAGAUUAUUUGACAUAGACUCGUCUUUAGGCAUAUUAUCUACUGCGGUCCCACUUGACCGUGAAGCAGGGAUAGAGAAAUAUGAAGUGGAGGUAUGUGCUGUGUCUUCUGGCUCACCAUUAAAGUCUACAACUACUAAGGUAAGUCUUUUUAAAUUUGUAGAUACUAGUAAUUUCUAUUAUCGUUGUUGUGAGAAACAAGAGUUUUAG